UUGAAUCCCACACAGCCAACUGAAAAACUAAAACUAGAUAAUGUCUGCGGUGUUUGGAACUGGUGUCCCAAUUUCACUGCCAAAACACACAAAUCAUCCUCAAAUUCAUACCUUAAUCUCACCAAAAUCUUCUCAUUUCUCAUCUCAUAAAUCAAUCCUCAAAUCUCCGGUAACAAGGAAAACACAACCUCAAGUAUGCAGCUCUUCAAGAAUCUCAGAUUAUAUCUCCUCCUCGUCCUCCGGCAACCCUUUCACCAGAGCUUCGACCGUGGCGGGGAGCCUCGUCCUGGUUGAUUUGGACCCCGCCACGGCCAAACUGGCGAUAGCGUUUCUCGGGCCAUUCUUGUCUGCAUUUGGAUUCCUGUUCAUCGCAAGAAUCGUGAUGUCGUGGUACCCGAAGCUGCCCGUCGGCAAGCUCCCGUACGUCCUUGCAUAUGCGCCCACGGAGCCAUUGUUGGUGCAGACAAGGAAGAUCAUACCACCACUGGCUGGAGUUGAUGUCACCCCUGUUGUCUGGUUUGGACUGCUCAGUUUUCUCAAUGAAAUCUUGGUGGGCCCACAGGGCCUCCUUGUUCUUCUAUCUCAGCAGCAGGUUUAGGGAUUUUGGGAUGUUGAAUGAAUUCGUGUGUGUUUAUGCAAGUUUAGAUGUAUGCUAUGCAAAGAGAAAAGAAAGCAUUUUUGUUGAAUAUUAAUGAACAGCAAGUAAAGAAAGAGUGCAUUUUCUGAA